CAUAACAUAAAGCCGUUUGCCGUCGCUAGGAAUACAAACCGGACCAAAGCUCCAAAGAUCCCAAAGGUUGCUUCUUUCUCAAGUUUUAGCUCUCCAUCUCCGAUUAAAGACCGACUCUGGCAUUGCGAGUAGUGCUACGACGAUGAGCGACGCGGAGGAGGCUACAAGACGUCGUAAUGCGGAGGCGGAGUACCGUAAGAAACUCCUCCAGCACAAAGAAUUCGAAUCUCGAGUACGAUCCGUGAGGGAAAAUUUGCGAGCUUCGAAGAAAGAGUUCAACAAAACAGAAGAUGACUUGAAGUCGCUUCAAAGUGUUGGGCAGAUCAUUGGAGAAGUUCUCAGGCCUCUUGACAAUGAACGCUUAAUUGUUAAGGCAAGCAGCGGCCCCAGAUAUGUGGUUGGCUGCCGUAGUAAGGUGGAUAAGGAAAAACUGACUGCAGGAACAAGAGUGGUCCUUGAUAUGACAACACUCACUAUCAUGCGGGCUCUUCCACGUGAAGUUGAUCCAGUUGUUUAUAACAUGCUGCACGAGGAUCCUGGUAAUGUUAGUUACUCUGCUGUAGGCGGUUUAUCUGAUCAGAUCAGAGAAUUAAGAGAAUCUAUUGAGCUACCUCUCAUGAAUCCAGAGCUCUUCCUUAGAGUUGGCAUCAAACCUCCGAAGGGUGUUCUUCUAUAUGGACCUCCUGGUACUGGCAAGACAUUGUUAGCUAGAGCUAUUGCAAGUAACAUAGAUGCAAACUUCUUAAAGGUUGUUUCAAGUGCCAUUAUUGAUAAAUACAUUGGGGAAAGUGCACGGCUGAUACGAGAAAUGUUUGGCUAUGCUCGUGAUCACCAGCCCUGCAUCAUUUUUAUGGACGAGAUUGAUGCCAUUGGUGGGCGCCGUUUCAGUGAGGGAACAAGUGCUGACCGUGAGAUUCAAAGAACACUAAUGGAGUUACUUAAUCAGCUUGAUGGAUUUGAUUCGCUUGGGAAGGUUAAAAUGAUAAUGGCAACAAACCGUCCUGAUGUUCUUGAUCCAGCACUUCUCCGCCCAGGGCGGCUGGACAGAAAAAUAGAGAUUCCAUUGCCGAAUGAGCAGUCCAGAAUGGAAAUCCUUAAGAUUCAUGCUGCUGGAAUUGCCAAACAUGGUGAAAUCGACUAUGAAGCUGUUGUAAAGCUUGCAGAGGGCUUUAAUGGGGCCGAUCUUCGAAACGUUUGUACUGAAGCUGGAAUGUCAGCUAUCCGUGCCGAACGUGAUUACGUAAUCCAUGAAGAUUUCAUGAAGGUAAACCAUUUCUUAUUCAAAUGUUUUUCACUUUCUGCUGCGAUACUAACGGUAACUUUGAUUGCUUGUGCUUUUAGAAGCCUUGAUAUUUGUUUCAUCUCUUUAUCUUUGUCUCAGGCUGUGCGGAAACUGAAUGAAGCAAAGAAACUUGAAUCUAGUUCCCACUACAGUACUGAUUUUGGGAAAGACUAGCAUUCUCUCGUUUCAUUUUCAGAGCCAAGGAUGCUUGGGCAGUGCAUCUUGUUCGGUCCGCCUGGAAAUGUGCUUUCUAGUUACCCAAAUUGGGUGCUGCAGAAAAUGUUGCUUUUUACCAGUCUGGUACAUCUGGUCGUCUCUUCCAAACGUUGAAAUGAUCAAGCCAUUCCAAAUGAGGGAUUUUGUGACACUGUUUUCUUCAUUAUUUUAUUAAAAGGAAAAACAUUUUGCUUUUAUUUCUUAACGGCUAUGUUCGCACGAUGUAGCCAAACUCGAAUCUCCAGCUGAUCCUUGUGCAGAAUACUGAAUAUCCCCUCCAUUGUGGAAUUGGAUUAUAUCAUUAAUAGCUUGAGAAAUACUAUAAGAAAGUCCUAUAUCA